UUAAUUAAGCUAAUAAAGUGUAACCAUGCAUUUGCCCAAACAACGCGCGCCCGCUCAAAUCCCCUAUUCCUCCUCCGAUCUCUCGCUUUCCUUUCCCCACCACAGAGCCGCGCCUCCGACGCGAUCACCCUAAACUUCUCGAUCUCCUCCUCCUACGCCGCCGCCGCCGCCGCCGACGACGACGACGACGAUGACGUCCGACGCGUCGCCGCAGCCCAUCCAGAGCGCCAAGUCAGCCGUGGAGUCCCUCGCCGCCGUCCUCGGUGCCGCGCUCCCGGGCACCCUCGCCUCGGCCGACGACCCCGCGAACGCGCUCCUCCACGACGCCGGCGUCGCCCGCGCCGUGGUGGGGCGCCUCCGCAGGGAAGGGUCGGGCGCCGGGAACGACGGGCUCUGCCGGUGGCUCUACGACGCGUUCCAGUCGAACCUCCCGGAGAUCCAGCUCGCCGUGCUCCGCUUCGUCCCGGCCCUCGCCGGCGUGUACAUGUCCCGCGCCGUCUCGAGGAAGCCGCUCGCCGGGUUCGAGGCCGUGCUCCUGGCGCUGUACGCGCACGCCGCGGCGCAGCGGGGCUCCGGGGAGGCCGAGACCGUGUCGCUGCCGAACCUGGCCAACCCCAGCGUGUACCACGACGCGAAGGUGCCGCCCAAGACCAAGGCCGCCGAGCUCGACGUCGCCGUGCUCUCCCCCGCUCUGGAGCCCCACGGCACCAUGCGCGCCACGCGCCGCGCCCGGAUUGUCGGCGCCGUGCUGGAGCUCUACCACGGCAAGCUCGCCAUCAUGCCGCUCUCCUCCAAGAUGGAAUUCUGCGAGUUCUGCGUCGCCUGGACCGGGAACCGCAGCAAGCUGGACGACAAGCCGCGCGUCGCGGCUGCCUCCGAGCCUGCCGCCGCCGAGGAGAAGUUGCGGAGGGUGCCAUUGCCAUGGGAGCUGUUCCAGCCGGUGCUGCGGAUCGUGGCACACUGCCUGCUGGGCCCGACGAACUCCGACGAGCUGAAGACGCAGGCCACCCGCGCCGCGGAGUGCAUGUACUGGAGAGCCGCGGAGACCAUGGACGCGCGCUCGGUGCUCGCCACCAGGAGCCUCGUCCGGCUGUCCCAGAUGACGGAGGAGCCGAUCCCUGAGCCGUCCUUCUCCGGCGCCGUCGAGACGAACAUGGCGGAGCUGGAGGCCAUGAGGGCUAACAUCCUUAGCAACAAGAACUGAACUGAACUGAACGCAGUUGAAUUAGUCGUCAGGAUUCAGGAAUUUGAUCAGACACUCACACUGCAACACGAAUUACAAGUUAAGUUACAACGCACACUGCAAGCCUGCAAAAGUUAGCAGUGUUGGCGCUUUUGUUAGUCAGGUACCUAGCACAAGUCUUCUCUCUAAUGUGAGAAAUUGAGAGAUUGAUCAGUAGAUGGUGUACAGGUCUCUUCUCUCUGAUGUGAGAAACCGAGAGAUUGAUCGGUAGAUGUCUAGAUGUUGUGUUAUUGUGUUACUGGCCACAGAAUAUUCAGUCUGGAUGUUUCUUUGAUCACAAAAUAUUCAGUCUGGAUGUUUAACAGACAAGUAUUCAUUUGGUUUCAUGAAUGGAAGUACUAUUGCAUUUUGAUGGA